GAGAUAAAAACAUUUUUAAAAUAGUAUUUUUUAAUGACUGGAGACAGGCUUUCAUCUUGCAUAAAUGACACAGCCUUCCAGAUCCAUGUCGGAAAUAUGAAUGUAGAGGAAUGUGUGAGAGUGAAUAUUUGUAAGCAAAUCAGCAACACCUGUAGUCGCUGAUCUGUGAUCAAUGGGAAAAAUCACUUGUUCAAAAUACCUUGCAACUGAAAUUUUUCUGUGCUGCAACAGGUGCAGCUUAUAAUGAACACCUGCCUGGCUGUUACUAUUCAUAGAAUAUUUGCCAUUACACCAGGCUGGCCCGCAGAGGAUGGGCUCCCCCUCUACAGCCGGGUUCUUCCGGAGAUUUCUUUCCAUUGCAGAGUUGUUUUCUCACAGCCGUUUCAGUGUUUUUCUUCCCACUGGGGAGUUUUUAUUAAUUUAUUUUACCUCAUUUGCUUGCUUUUUGGGGGUUCGUGUCUGGUUUUGGGGGUUCGUGUCUGGUUUUUCUCUGUAAAAAGCGCAAUACAAAUAAAAUUGAAUCGAACUGAAUUGAAUCAAACUGCAGCACAAAAUCCCCACAUUAUGUAUGCUCUGUGUGGGCAUAAGAGGUCACUGUCGCCUAUGGAGAGUUUAUGAAUACACAAUUCGGAAACAAUGAUUUCACAAUGAGGGUUUCAAAAAUAAAGUGCUACUCAGCACUGAUGACCACAAUAUGCAAGCCUUCCUUUGAGAGAGAUGGUCACCAAAAAUGCAAUAGACAAGUGGAACUUUUUCUACACAGUCCUUCUACCCACCCUGAUUAGCUUCACACAAAACACUGACGGAGUACGUUCGGUCGGAGGGGGGGCGGUACGUUUACCGAAUCCAGCGCUCUCCCAUGUGCGAGUACAUGAUCAACUUCAUCCACAAGCUGAAGCACCUCCCGGAGAAGUACAUGAUGAACAGCGUGCUGGAGAACUUCACCAUCCUGCAGGCAUCCAGGGGGCAGUCGUUACGGGCCGCGAGGGAGAGUCUCGGACUUUCUGCUGCAGGUACGACAAAGACUACACCCACAGGGAUAAGUACUGGUGCCGAGGGGAGAGCUUUAGUUCGUGCCGCAUCGUGGUGACGAGCUUAGGCCCGCAAAGUGGACGCACCUCUCUCAAGGACCGCAGAGGUAUCAGAAAGUUUUGCGUCACCAUUAAAGACCUCAAAGUGCAGGACAGUGGGGCGUACUGGUGUGCCAUCAGCGCAUGGGGACCUGACAUACACGUGGCUGUUGCUCUCAGCAUCGAUGCAGCGAGACCAGUGACCCCAUCGAAACCAAGCACAGCGAGCCCCACGACUAAACCAGCGACCACAAUCGCACCCAGCCCCUCUACGGGCCCCCCCGCGGCGACUAGCGCGGCAACUCUGGAGCCCCCAACCACCCCGCCGUCACGGAGAAACGAAACCGGCUCAAAGAGGCCAGAGAAGCCCAGCACAUUAACCAUCCUGAGCAUUUCUACAGGUCUCCUGCUCCUCUUCCUGUGUCUGGCCUGCGUUAUGGCCACCGUCUGGAGACGUACUGGAAGCAGAGGCGAGCUGGAGGGGAAAGGGGACAGUUCAAAGUCAUUUGCCGAGGCCACCGAGAUACAGUACGCUGAAGUAACUGUCAAUACGAGAAGUCAGCCCCUGAGUGACUUCGUCACAUAUGGCAAUUUGUAUUUUCACACAAUUGCUGAAGAUCGGUCACAAGAGGGCAGUGUUGAGUACGCUGCGGUCAAACGCUGAAGAAUCUCCGGUAUAAGUGGAAGAGGAAGAGCGCAAGAGAAUCUGGAAUAAUCUUCUCCAGCGCUGAAAAGAUGCUUCAUUUUCUCUAAAAGAGGGAGUGAUGUUCUUCAAGCAUAAAUGUGUGGCAUUUUAAAAAUGUAUAUAACCUUUAUUUGCUGCAAGAAAAAAAAAGUGAUGUGAUCUUUCAAAUGUAUUUUUUAUAUUUGUAAAAUAUUUAUUCUGUAUUAUACAGCCCCGAGGACUGAAGGCACAGGUGCUGAUAUCUGAUAUUUAUUUUUAUUCUGUUUGAAGAUGGGGGGCCUCAUCUUCACCAAGUACAGUUGAUUAGAGUCCAGUCUAAUAAACUUUUAAAUAUUUCUCUUAAAGCAGGUGUGAUCAGCUUUGGCACAGUGCCAAUUUGACGGGACUUUGGGCGUGUUUUUGAGUUUCUUUAGAAAUGAAGUCACACAAUGGUUCUGUCAGCCCUUCCUUCGUUUUUCCUGUUCUUUUUUCUUUUUUACUUUUUUGUCUUAAUGUCUAAGAUUCUGUCUCAGUUGUUUCAAAACCUGUUUGUUUGGUUGGGAAAGCAAUGGUCAGAGUUUUCAUGUUUGUGUUUUUUUUAAAAUGGUAUUGUUUUAUCAAAGCUUCCUUGUCUGUUUUAAAAGUGUAUAGCAGCAGACUGUAUACAGUAGCAGAUAAUGAUCUCCUUUGGUUUUGCCCGUUUGGGUAGUCUUACACUUCUUUGAUCCAGUGUAAAAUGAUGAUCAAGUUAAGUGCACUGGACCCAAUUUCACUUCUUCCAAGUCGGUAUUGUUACUUUUUGUCAUGUCUCCAUUUGCAUCAGUCCACAAACUGUGUAGGACUAGCCUUUACUGCUUGGAGUGAUUGAAAUCUUCAGUGGAAUGCUAAAAUAAAUAUUUAGCCUGUGAAUCUCUGU